GCUUCUCCUGAUCAUCAGUCACAUCAGCUCCACAAUACCGGCAGGGGACAAGCAGGAAAUUAUAAUCAAAACACAGCUGUAAGAGUGUUUGCUCCCUUUUAUUUGUUAGAAACAAGUGUAUUCCUGUAAUACCACUGCCUGUAUUAAUUCUCCCGCGGAGACAAUGCUUCAGUGUCUGUCUGGAAGUUCGUGUGUGCGUGUCGUAGAAGGUUACAAGUCUACGUGGUAUUUCUUGGUCUUGGUUUCGGCGUAUUUGUUAUAUCUGAUAUUCGGGGCUUUGGUGUUUUCCGCGGUGGAGCUGCCGUAUGAAGAGCAGCUUCGGCAAGAGCUUCGGACCGUGAAGCAGCAGUUUCUAAAUGAUAACGAAUGUCUGUCCGAAGAAAGACUGGAGGAGUUUCUCACCAGAGCUUUAGAGGCGAGUAAUUACGGUGUGUCGGUUCUCAAUAAUGCUACUACUAACUGGAACUGGGAUUUCACAUCAGCCCUCUUCUUCGCCAGCACUGUGCUGUCCACGACAGGAUAUGGCCACACCGUUCCUCUCUCAGAUGGCGGUAAGGCCUUCUGCAUCAUUUACUCAGUGGUGGGAAUCCCGUUCACCCUGCUGUUCCUGACUGCGGUGGUCCAGAGGAUCAUGGAGUUCAGUACCCGCAGGCCCGUGGAGUACCUGCACCGGCGCUGGGGCAUGUCCAAACCUCUGCUGGCCGCCCUGCACGCCUCCCUGCUGGCCAUUAUAACCGUCUCCUGCUUCUUCCUCAUACCUGCCAUCAUCUUUUCAGUACUGGAAGAGGACUGGAAUUUCCUGGAGUCCUUCUAUUUCUGCUUCAUCUCUCUUAGUACUAUUGGCUUAGGAGACUAUGUACCAGGAGAGGGCUACCAUCAGAGGUUCAGAGAACUCUAUAAAUUGGGCAUUACAUUCUACCUGAUAUUGGGCUUGAUCGCGAUGCUGGUGGUUCUGGAAACCUUCUGUGAACUUCAGCAGCUGAAGAAGCUCAGAAAGAUGUUCUACCUGAGGAAACAAAAAACAGAGGACCAGCUAAACAUUGUGGAUCAUGAUCACCUCUCAUUCGCCUCUGUAUCCGACCAGGCAUCCUCAUUUAGAGAGGAUAAAACUGAUAUUUUUCCUGAUGACAUAGUCUCUGCCUCACCUACUACUACCUCCAAUGGAACAAUGGACCGAUGAUGCAUCCUAAAAUUCUGUGUCUAGAAACCUGACACGUUAAUGUUUCUGAAACAUCUCCGCUAAGAGCAUAAAUAUAUUGUAAUUUGUUAGUGUACUCUGCUGUCAAGUUAACUGAAACCUUCCAUAGAUACGAAUACUUGAAACACAGGCUGAAGGUAAUUUAUUGUGUAAAAGGAUUGUAUGAACUUGUAGAAUACAUAAUAUCAUAGGACAUCAUGGUUCAUGCUGCUGCUGAACGGAAAAACAUUUUGUGACCAGGGUUUUGUGCUUGUUUGUGUGUGUAUGUAAAAGAUAAAUCCAUCCAUGACUUCUGAAUAUAAAUAGUCAACUGGUAAGUGGUCAUAGACUAGCAUUACAUACUUCAUAUGCUGUUCUUGUUAGGUGACAUAAAGGGAUCCAUAUCCUGUAUUAUAAUUUUACAGAUGUAUUAAUGGAAUUAUUAUGUUUUCAGGUUACUAAGUUUGUAGAUAUUGUUUUAAGGCUGGAAAACACUGCAUGACUUUUUUGUAAAAAUUUUUGCCCUGAUUUGCAAUCUGGAGAAGUCAACACUAUCAGUCUACUGAUUUUAGGCAGUCAGAGUUGACAGAUUUCACAAAAAAUUGUAUAGUGUAUGAUGGGCACAGACUCUAUUUUUUUUUUUUGCUUCAGAUUAAGAUUCUAUCCAGUCUGAGAAUAUGAAAUGAAAACAUGUUGCUUUCAUUUGUCAGCAAUAAGGGGCAACUGGAAAAACAGUAGUUGUAUAGUAUAUUCCAGCCUUAACUCUAUUCAAAGUCUGCAAAUGUACAAUGCCGGUGUUUAGCAAUCUAAAGAUUUAAAAAAAAAAAAAAAAUUCAUGUAGUUUAUUCCACACUUUAGUCUUUUUUUUUUUCCUUAGAUUUUUAGAAUAGACAGGGGCAGGUCCCUGAUGACAUUCCUAGUGACACAUUCUGUAAUUCACUCGUAAAGGGAAAUUAAAAUAUGUAUAUUUUUAGUAGAGGCAUCAGACAAUCAAAAUUCUGUAUAUUUAAUUUCUUUACGUUUACAGAUUUAUUCAUGUUGGCUUUUUUGCAGUUGCAUUAGGCACUGUCCACCACCUAAAGGUGCUGUUGUGCAUUGAGUGCCAUUACUGCUGUAUUGUAAGCCGAGAACAUGAGUCACAUCAGUGCAUCAGUACAUUCUUAUGAGUGACUGGGUAUAUUGCGGAAGGAAAUGUUAUUUUGUCAUUCAUUUGUAGUUUUCAUGUUUAUAUUUUCAUUUUAUUGCACAUGCCUAAAGAUACUGAAUGUUGUGCAUUUAUUGUAUGUUUUGAGUCGCACUUUAACAAAACAGAAUAAACUGGAGAUUUUGGUUA